AGUUGGUCGUGUUCUUUCUUUCUUGUGCGUCGUUCAAUCAAUGCUUUUUUUCUGUGGCGAAGGGUGGUAGCGUAGCGUGAAAAAUUGUUACCGAGUUAAAUUCAAUAUCUUUAAAAAGUACUCCCAAGAAGUGGUACUCGUCGCUCGAAAUGGCGAAUGACAAAAAAGAUAUCGGCGAAAUCAUCAAGAAAUGUAAAAUCCUACUGUUGGACAUCGAAGGAACAACAACAUCGAUCAGCUUUGUUAAGGACAAGCUUUUCCCGUAUGCAGAGGAGAAUGUGAAGCAGUUCUUGGAUAGCCAAUGGGAGUCUGACGACGUGAAAGAAGCGGUAACCGCUUUGAGGAAACUCGCUCUCGAGGACAAAGAGAAAAACGUCAAUGGCGUGGUAGCAAUCCCUGGCGAGGAUGCCUCCAAGGAAGAUCAGAUAGAAGGUUUGGUGAAUAACAUGAAAUGGCAGAUGUCAUCAGACAGGAAGGCGGGCCCUCUCAAGUUACUCCAGGGUCUGAUCUGGAAGAAAGGCUACGAUGCUGGUGAUAUCAAGGGCCAUGUGUACGACGAUGUGUUGCCGGCGCUUGAGCAAUGGCGUUCUAGUGAAGACCGAAAAAUCUACAUCUACUCGUCGGGUUCUGUGGAAGCGCAGAAGCUUUUGUUCGGUCAGUCGCUAGCGGGGGAUCUGUUGCCACACAUCGCCGGACAUUUCGAUACCGCUGUUGGUGCCAAACAAGAAGCCGCCAGCUACGCCAAGAUAGUCGAACAAAUCGGUUGCCAACCAGACGAGAUACUAUUUCUCACUGAUAUAGUGAAAGAGGCUGAAGCGGCUAGCGAGUCCGGUUUACACGCGGCACUAGUCAGCCGCGAGGGUAACGCGCCCCUUCCGGAGCAAGUGUCAUUCCCUGUGGUUCACAGUCUGCAGCAGCUCGCCGCUACUAACAAGCGGAAACCGGAUCCACAGGAAGAGAUACCUGCGAAGGUUCCCAAGACUGAUAUUGAAAAUGAUGUAAAAAAGGAUGCCCAGAUUGAAUCGGAAGCAAAAGUAGUUUCUCCAGCAGCCACAGAAAACACAGAGACCGAAAAACCAGAUCAAAUGGAGGUAGAAGAAACCCCAAUAGCUGAAGAAAUAAAAGAGGAAACGGUUAAGGAAACACCAAUGGAAACGACUACAGUUGAAGAGAUUUCAGAUAAAACAGAGCCUAUAGAUGCACCAGUUGUUGAUAUCGAACCUAUAGUCAUUGAAGCGAAAGAUAAGACUGAAGAGAAUGAGACUGAGAAGAUGGAAGCGGAAAUAAUCGAAAGUAAAGAUUCGGAAGAACCAAAAGUCGUUAAAAAUGGCAACAUGAAUGUAUCUGUUUCGGAAGAAGGUUCUUCUACUAUUAUUACAGAAAUUGAGGAAAUAACUGAAAAGCAAGACACAGAUGUAGCAGAAAUAAUAGAUGACUUAGAACCCGUAAUCGAAGAACCGCCUGCUGUCGACGAUAUUGAAGAUUUACAAAAUGUUGGAGAAGUGUUAGAAAAAGAAUGCGAUGAGAUUUUAUCAAAGGUGCAAGAUGUUACGAAUUUGGAUAAAAUUCCUUUGAAACCAUUACUGAACCCAAUCGUCGAGGAGAGUAUUGAAGCAGAGAACGCAGACUCUAAUGACAUUGUGGAUAGGAUAUUGGACACUGAACUAGAUUUAGAAAUGAAACAAUGCGAUGAUAUCGACUUAAACACGGUAGAGGAAAUAACAGAUCAGAAAACGGACGUAGUGGAAGAAAAGAGCGAAAAUGAUGAAUCUGGCACCACAAAACAAGUUCCUGUAGUUGAAGAAAAAGCGCUGGAAGCUGACAAAGUAGAAUCAAAUAAUGUUACAGAUGGAAAUGUAGUCAGCAAUUCUAAAGAAUUGGAGGCGGAAACAAAGACUGAGGAGAACAAACCCAAAUUAGACGAAAAUGUAGAAAGUAAAGAAACAGUGGAAGAAAAACCUGUUGUUGAGUCUUCAGAUAAGAAAGAGGCAGUCGAUGAAGCAAAGGUCGAUACAGAACCACAAGUGAACGGCAACUCUACGAACGGUGACGCAGACGUAGCUAACGUUAACGGAGACGCGAGUAAAGAGGAGGAGUUAAACUCUAGGUUGUCUGUUGAAGAGAAUGGAAAGGUGGAAGUUAAUGGUGCCAAUGGCAACUCGAACGGUGCUUCCCACGAUUCCGAAUCUGAAAAGUCUGCUAGCAACGAUGAGGUUGCCGAUAUUAAAGUUAAGACUGUCGCUGUCGAGGAACCACGCACUGAUCCGAUAGAGCAGCCUACGGAAGCAUAAAAUAUUUUUUGUACGUGCCGAACAGAAACAGCAGGGCAAUAGCAGCGGUGUUGGUUCACAGCCGAUUGACAAGACUGAGGUUGCUUCCACGCAUUGACGCAUCACUUCCUAGAUAUACGUGUAUUGAUACUUCACUUGUGUACCGCCGGUGACGUGCGGCGUAAUGCAUAACUAUGGCCGAUGCGUACAGUCGACGACAUAUAUUUGGGGGCAGUCAAUAAACGUGACCAAUCAAAAUAAUUGAAAUAUCGGAGCAGCCUGAAUUUGCAAGACGAUGCCAGGAGUCUGAUUUUAUAUGUAUUUUGAUAUACUAAACAAAGGGUUCUCGUGAAUUUAACAAAGUUGGCUGCUCCAAUAUUUUUGAUUAUUUCAAUUGUGUCUAAUAUGUGGACAUCUUGGCUGUUCCCAAAUAUUUGAUGACGGCAAAGCUUAUUUUUUGUUAAAGUAAAACAUGGUAAGAUUGAAAUCACAUUGUUGUCGAAUGGAAUUUUUAUAAUAUAUUAGCCACCUUAUCUACAAAUGGUACAAAUUUUGAAGAAACGAAACGGUCGUAAGACUUUGAAUCCCAUUACUUUCGCUUCUAAUUAAAUAUUUUUUUUGUCUGAUUUAAAGCUUACUCAUAUUUUCAAAAUAUACAUCACAAUGGUGCUUUGUAACGUUAGUUUUCGUAGCGCAACAUUUGUCAUACAUUACAUUAAUUUAUGGAUAAUUCAUAUUAAUUAUAAAAUAGAAAGCGGUUGUUAUUGUAUUUAUUUUUCUUACCGCGACGGAAUUCUUCUUUAAGCGUUAAUAAACUUAAGCAUUAUAUUGUAAAACGCGGUAUAUCGCUCAGCGAAAGCUCUGCCGUGUAACACUGCACGUCACCGUUUUUCGUAAUUGAUCUAAGAUAAGUUUUAUUCGUAAGUAUUAACUGUAUUGUGAUUCUUAGUUAUCGUAUAUGUAACUAAAUUUUCUUCGUUUUCGCCCACUGCCAAACGUCUUUUAAUGUUCUUUUGACAUUGGUCUACAUUUUAAUGUAUGUGAUAUAAGAUUGUAGUGUUAAAAUUUAGUAUGUAUCAUUUUCGGGUUGGCUGUGUUUAAUAAUAUUUAUUCAUAAAUAAAUACGAACACGUUCUUGUAUUUUAAUUUAGACAAGGUUGACAUAAAGAAACGAUUCGAAUUUAUAAAAGAAAUUGAAUUAAAUUUUAAGGGACAUUUCAAUUUAAAAUAAUGACUGAUUUUCUGAUAGUCUCGCUGAUACGGUACAAAUAAUUAUUUUAUUAAUACGUUGUAACGAGUGGGAACUUUUGUGAAAGACUGUUUUAUCGCUUUAUGUAUUAUAUUUUAUGAAUUCAUCGUAUUGUUGGAAUCUCCUACCGUUUGAGUUUCAUAUUUGUGAUUUCUAUUUAAGGUACUAUUUUUUGAAUAUUUAUUGUAGGAUGUACUAAUAUUUUUUUUCCAGUUAGCUUUAAGGCAGUGGAGAGUAUUUGAUGAGGAAGUUUGUUGGCCAAUGUCAAAUGAAUAUAUGAAUACUUUCGGUUAGACUGAUUUUAACUUUUCAAUAUGUAGUCUGCAAAUACAUUAUUUCUGAUCGCGAAGUAAGAAAGUUUUGGAAUAAUGUGUAUGCGAGACGUAUAACCUUUGAGAACAACAAUGAGAGUAACAUUUUUACGUUCAUACACUUUGUAAAAAAUGAACAACUCCAACGCAUUUAAAAUAUAUUAAUUUUAAUUGUCAUCACUUAUGACGUUGAAAUAUAAUGGAUGUAGAAUUUUU